CCCGGCUCCUCUUUCCCUGCCCAGGCGGGUGAAAGAGGCCGAAGCGGUGCUGGGCGCGCUCCCCCUUCCUCUCCCUUCCCGCCACCUCCCCGGUCCUCUCGCGCUGCGCGGUCUCUCCGACUCCAGACUGUCCCGGCCCGGAUAUGGCUCGUGGACAGCAGAAGAUUCAAUCUCAGCAGAAAAAUGCCAAAAAGCAAGCUGGACAAAAGAAGAAACAAGGACAUGAUCAAAAGGCUGCUGCCAAAGCUGCCUUAAUAUAUACCUGCACUGUCUGUAGGACACAAAUGCCAGACCCUAAGACCUUCAAGCAGCACUUUGAAAGCAAGCAUCCUAAGACUCCACUUCCUCCAGAAUUGGCUGAUGUUCAGGCAUAAAAUUGUUUAUGGGUGAAUUCAUGACACCUUUGAUUCUUCUACUGUCUCAGACCUUAGGUAACAAACCUGCAGCUGCUUUUCUAACAAACUGUUGAUCAGCAAAAAUAAAGGGGCUACAGAAACUCAUUUCUAUGCUGUUCCCAUUUGGGUUUCAUGCAAAGACAAUUCUGUGUAAAUGUACAGUUGACUCUGAUUUGGAAUUCUGAAAAUCAGUCCAUCCUUGUUAUAAAAAUUUUUUUAUAAUUGUAAUUAUAUUGAUGUUCAUAUUGUGUAAAAUAACUCAUUUAAUAAAAUAGUACUUUGAUUUUACAACAUCA